AUGGAAGGCCAGGAAAAGGAAAUAAUCAAAAGCAGAUUAGGAAAUUGUGAAGUUUGUAAUGUAAAUGCUUCGAAAUAUUCAUGUCCACGGUGUGAACUCAAAACGUGCUCACUUAACUGCUCAAAACUUCAUAAAACUGAACUGGAUUGUAAUGGAAUUAGAGACAGAACAAAAUAUAUACCUUUAAAUCAAAUGACAUCUCUUGAUUUCAUGAAUGAUUAUUAUUUCAUCGAAGAAGCGUCUCGUUUCACCAAGGGAAAACAGCAUAACAAGAAAGUAAAAAAUGACAGUCGCUUAAAUCAUAAAUUUAUAAAGCUAAGAAAACAGGCUUUCAAUCGAAAUAUCAGACUGUAUUUCAUAAAUAGUAUUCUUACAAAAAGGAAAAGAAACCGUUCAGAAUUUAAGGCACAAGAACAAACAAUUUAUUGGCAUGUUGAAAUAAUUUUCCCAAAUGCAUGCAACUAUAAAGUCAAUCAAAAGACCAAUGAAAACAUGAAGAUUGAAGAAAUUAUUAAUAAAAUUAUAAAUGAUAACUGUCAAAGUAGUAAAGAAUUGGAAUUCUAUAAAGCAGAGGGGACAAGUAAACUUAAAGUGUUAUUAAAAGCUGAAGGUCUUAAAAGAAUGGAUUUAGGUGAUCGUUUCUUUGAACUGAACUCAAAAAGAACACUAAAAUCUAAUUUGGGUGGACGAAUCAUUAUUGAAUAUCCAACAAUUUUUGUAGUCCUAAGUCAUUCAGUGCAAGAUUUUGCGAUUAUGACAAAUGAAAGUUUGCAAGAUGAAAUGAAAAAUUUUAAGAGAAUUCUUCACGAAGAAGUGUUAAGUAAGAAAAUUGGUGAAAAUCCACCACUUAUUCUAGAGCCUGAAGAAGUUCCAAUGAUAUCAGAAAGCGUUGAUGGAACAGUAAAUGAAACCGAAGAAGAAACAAAAGCUAAAAUUAAUUUCAGCGACAACGAUAAGAGGGAUGAUUAUAAACCAAUCAAUUACUUCUUUUAA